AUGAAUAGGAGUCGCACUCGCACAGCUAAUUUAGAGGUGGAUGUAAUUGUAGAGAGGAGUGAUAAUUCUCGGGAUCAAAUGUUCUUGUUGUAUUGGAAAGUCUCGUGCAUUGAGUUGCAAAAAGAAUAUGAUUUUGGAGCGGGAACUU